UCUCCCUCCUGAGUUUACUCCCUUUAAGAUAAAUUACAACACUCAGAAAGAGAAGUGGAGCAUGAGCGACUUGAUCGCAAUGUGCGUCCAAGAGGAAGAGAGGGUGAGGGCUGAAAAUAAAGAUUUUGUGAAUCAAAUAAGCAGCCCCAAGAAUAAAAGAAAAUUCCAAGGGGAUUUCAAGUCUAAGAAAAGGUUGCAUUUCGUCGCUAAACACGACAAGGCAGCACAGAGGGUGCCCAAGGCAUUUGCUCCUUCUGCUCCUGCCUCUCAAGAAUCUAAAGAUGACGGAUGCCACUUCUGCCACAAGAAGGACCACUACCAAAAGGAUUGUGUUGGUUUCCUGAAGUGGCUUGCAAAGAAGGGGAUUCCUUACCGCGAGAACAUUAAGAAAGGGGGAGCGAAGUCUUAGAGUGGCCAAUGGGAAGGAAGCUCAAGUUGAAGCUAUCGGAUCCUUUCCAUUAGUUCUUAAUAGUGGCUUCACUCUUAGAUUAAAUAAUGUAGUUUAU